GUAAACUGAGCGAUUAAGAAUGUCGGCUUCUGUAAUAACCAACCCAUCGACUAUUUUACCACUAGAACUUGUAGAUAAGUGUAUUGGUUCAAGAAUACACAUAAUUAUGAAAAAUGACAAAGAAAUCGUUGGGACUUUAUUAGGUUUUGAUGACUUUGUUAAUAUGCUUUUGGAGGAUGUAACUGAAUAUGAAACUACACCUGAAGGAAAGAGAAUAACUAAAUUGGACCAAAUUCUUUUAAAUGGAAAUAACAUAACAAUGCUUGUUCCUGGUGGUGACAUGCCCGGUGAAACAUAAUUUAAUUGGAACAAAAACUCCAAUAUGUACAU